GUGUAGUUAAUUAUCUUCAUUUACUCUUAUAUUAGACAAGUUUACAAGCUCUAGUGACUUGUUUUUAUCUGGCUAUUAUAUUAUUGGAUCUCCUAAAAUUGAUAAAGUUUUAAAAUUUGAAACUUAAAAAGUAUGAAAUUUCAGUCAAGUGUAUUGUUUACAAGUACAGGAAAGAAAAAAGAAAUUGCCUUCUACUUCAGUGGCAUUUGAGCAUUUUUCUAGGAAUCUGAAAACUGUUCUUUCUAAAAACUAUUUCAUUUUAUCUGUGUUGAUAUAUUGUAGUUAAGCUAAUUAAGCUUGAAACAUUUCUUCAGAAAGGUCUCUUUUUUAUGAAUGUUUGGACUGCAAUUAAACAUAACGGUAGUUUUCAAAAUAGUGGUAGGGUCUAAUCCUCUUUAUAAAGUUAUUGCUGUUAGCUAUGACUUUUGUUAGAAAAAUCCAGUUUGGUUAUGGCUGUCCAAGGAUUGACAUAAUUUACAUUUAUGUAAUGUUUGUUUUCCUUUUGUGGGUGAAGGUCAGCACUUGCUUAGCUCCCAGUGAUUGUUACUUAAGUGUGGAAACCUAUGAACUUGGGAAGAUGAAAUGUUUGAACCCUACAAUAGUCAUUUCAGGAAAAUUAAAAUGUAUAGAAUUUCAGACUAAUAUAAGCAAUUUUUUUAAAACUUAAAAGUAAAAACAAAAAUUAACCACAUGGUUUCUUUUUAUUAGGGCAUUUUUAUUCUCAUUAACCUUGAUUUUGUUCAUUGUUGCAACAAGUAGUACUACGUUUAUACUACUUUUCCUACGUUUGUAUUACUUUUACAAUAAUUGUGCUUUUUAUUAAUUUCAUUCAUGGACUUUUCUGCCCGCCAGAAUCCUUGCCGGUAUUGACCUCGUUCUCAUUCAUGGGUUCAUCUGUAUCAUAAAUCUAAGUGCUGGAGAUGAAUUAACUUUUCUGUAUUUUAUAAUUUAAACUUCAAAUAUUAGCUGUAUUUUGAAAGGCUACACUGGAAAUCGUGCCAAAAACUGACACAGCAUUAACGAUUUUGGCGUUAAUAGGGAUGACUAUUGACGUUUUCGUUGCGAUACAUAUAUUUGAUCUAGGACCCAAAUGUUUUGAUGCGAGUUUAAAGACGUUUCACGAAAGACGAAACUGUUACCGCGGGCACCAGAAAACGUGUUUUAAUAAAACAAAUGCUUUGUCGUGUUGAAGGUUUCCGUUCAAAGGGCUGUGAAUAAUUUUGGUCCCUAUAUAUAAACGAUUGAGUGUGUUGUACUGGGGUAUCGCGAUAUAACCGUCUCGAACGCUGCCUCUCGUAGCUUCAUUGUUUUUGUUUUGUUUUGAUAUAGGUCGUCCCAACAAGAUAUUAUAACUUGAUGAUUAAGAGCACGAGCUCAGGUAUUUUCGUGUUCAGAAGACUUUUUGGAGGCAUUAUGUCAUCACGGUCCACAACAAGUCUUAAAAAAAGCAAGCAGAUUAAUUCAGCAGCUGAACGAAAUAAAGAUCCCAUUUUAGAAAUCUUGAAGCAAUACAUUUUUGCACCUGCAUCACCUGAAGAGCCUCAAAGCAUACGCUUGUUGGAAAUAUCAUCUGGAACAGGGCAGCAUGUUGUUCAUUUUGCUCCUCACUUUCCGUGGGUUACAUUUCAACCCAGCGAUGUGGAUGAAUCCUCUCUCAAUAGUAUUUCAGCAUAUAUUCAGGAGUCUGGGUUAACCAAUGUUAAAACACCCAUUUAUUUGGAUGUUACUCAACCAUUUAAAAUGUGGGAUGGGGGCCGAAUAACUGAAAAUUCUCAGGACUACAUUGUGAACAUCAAUAUGAUACACAUUACACCAUUAAAAUGUACACAAGGCUUGUUUACCAAUGGAGGAUCAAUUCUUCACAGUGGAGGAAUUCUCUUUACUUAUGGCCCAUACGCUUUCAAUGGUACAAUUACUCCAGAAUCUAAUGUGAGAUUCGAUGCUAUGCUGAGGCAAGAAGAUCCAGAAUGGGGAUUGAGAGAUGUACGUGAUUUAUCUGCUCUUGCUGCCGAAUGUGGAUUUCAGUUAGAAAAUACCCACGCUUUGCCAUCCAAUAAUCAUGUUCUUGUAUGGAGAAAACAAUAGAUCGUGCCAUUAAAUUAUUCUGCACUUGAAAUAUUUGUCAAUGAAAAUUGGCAGUCUUAGAACAAUAUGACUGGUAAGAUGUGAUACAAAUCUUUUAUUUUGAUUUAAAUGAAAGAUAUCAAGACAGUAUUGACAUACCUGCAUUUAGUAUGUUUUCAAAGUAUUUUAUUUUUUAACUAAAUUAUUGAUGAUCAAAAUGGAAGACCUAUAUAUUUAUCUCCAUGAAGAUUUAGAGGAAUUCCUAUGUAAUUGUUUCUACACAAUUAAACUCUUUUUCACUCUUAAUUUAUGUGCAAUAAAUGUUUAUUUUCUGUUGUAAUGUGCUUGUCUCUUUAAUUAAUGAUCCCUAUAAUUGCCUAAGUUUUACUAUUAAACUUAGACUUUCUCAAUUACAAAAGGGAAUGGGUUUGAAACUAGGCGAAUUGACAAAUACUUGUAUAAAUCUGUCCUGACUUUUUCUACACUCUCAAUAUCGUGCUUUUGGUGGUAAAGUGGUGGUUGGUGGUAAAAUAGGAACUGAAAAAUUUAAUUGGAACUCUUUUCUCCUAUAUUUUAAAAGGAAUAAUUUGUCACACACAUAUGUGUUAGUGGUUGUGUACAUGGCUUAGGAAGCUUUUGCCUGUUAAUUGGCUUUAAAAACAUAACACUCUCUUUUGUCUUAGCAACUUUAAUUGAAUAGAAAUGAAAUUUUGUUACAAAAAUUGUGAUGAAGAAUGCAGAUACCUCCUCUUGAUACUUUUAGGUGAGGUAGAAAGCCAGAAAGUCCUUGUAGGAAGAUUCCUGUAGACAUGUUGUUCAUUCAGUGCUCUGAUAACUGCUGAUUAUUAUAAGUCAUUUUAUAAAACAACAUCAAAGGUUACACAAUUCAGAAUAUUCAGUUAUUGGAAAGAACCAUAAUUCUGCAAAAAAAUGAGUUGUGUUGCAUGAUCAACUAAGUUGCUUUAUUAUUACCUUUGAAGGACAGAAGAUAAGAAAGAAUUACCAAAGACAUUUCCAAAACGUUUCUGAUAGCGUGCACAUGAUUUGUAGGUAACUACCUAAAGUGGUGUUGAGUAUGCAAAAAAAACUCUCACAGAAUAACUUGCCUCCUGACAAUGACAAUUAUGAAUUUUUGUCUUCAUUGUUUAGUUUUGAUUGCAUUCAAACUUUUGUAAUCAAAAUGUGGCAAAAAAUUAUCAGCCACCUUUACUUGCCCUAGAAGCUUGAAAUAUUUAUUCUGAUUCAGCUUGUAGAUAAAGUG